AUGCUAUUAUAUCUCCCGUUUCUCGGUCUGCUCUUCUCACCAGUUAAUUGCUAUACACCCGUAUCCGAUACUACUUUACGGUCGUUGCCUCGUCCAGGAAGCGACUUCGAUAUACACAAUGGCGCAAUCCUUGCUCCAAUCUUACGGCCUAGGGUGCCUGGGACCCCAGGAUCAAUUGCUGUACUUGAACACUUCGUGAAAUUCUUCAAAGAGAAUUUACCAGAUUGGAGGCUCGAGUUUCAGAACUCCACUUCAAAAACCCCAGUAACCGGUGAUAAACAGAUUCCGUUCAUCAAUUUGAUAGCUAUUCGCGAUCCCCCAUUUGCCAAAGUUGGCGAUGUCAGUAGGUUGACUCUGGCUGCUCAUUAUGACAGCAAAUUCACCCCGGAAGGGUUUAUUGGGGCGAUAGACAGCGCUGCACCGUGUGCGAUGCUAUUACAUGCCGUAAGAAGCAUUGAUGCGGCAUUGACAAAAAAGUGGAAGUCAAUGCAAUUGAGUCCCACUGAUAAUCUUGACAUCGAUGCGCAUCAGGGUAUUCAAAUUUUCCUGUUAGACGGUGAAGAGGCAUUUGGCGAGUGGACUGCUACAGAUUCCCUUUAUGGAGCUCGAUCUCUAGCUGAACACAUGGAACAUGACUAUUAUCCUGCUCUCUCCACGUUCAAGACGUCAUUAUCAGCCAUAAGGCUGUUUGUCCUCUUCGACCUACUAGGAAGCAAAGAUCCUGUCAUGCCAUCUUUCUUUGCAACCACCCACUGGGCGUAUAAGCAUCUAGCUCAACUCGAACAACGACUCCGUACACUUGGGCUAUUUAAAUCAGAUCCAGACCCUAAGAAGGGUGCUCCGAAGGCAUGGUUUACUGAGGGAAACAGACCAUCAGACAGGAAAUUCCUGUCCUUUAUUUCGGAUGACCAUAUACCAUUCAUGCAGCGGGGAGUUGAGAUCCUCCACCUGAUACCUUGGCCAUUCCCAAGAGGUAUAUGGCACACAAUGGCGGACAACGCAGACAAUCUUGACCCUCCUACUGUUGAAGACUGGAGCACCCUUAUCACUGCAUUUGCUGCCGAGUGGAUGGAUCUCGAGGGAUUUUUCGACACGAAAAAAUCAAAGCAAGCUAGACUAGACGUGGAAGACAAGUCGGAGCUGUAA